AUGGCAAUCCGACUCUUCAUCUGCAGCUAUCAGAGCCAGGUUGUGCAGCGUAUGCAGCGCAUCAACACAGGUUUUUACCGCUUGGAAGGUCAAACCUUUGAGUUGUCAUUGGCGCGGAACAGCGACAAACUUCUGGUGAAGCUGGAUGGUUGGAAUCGUGGAGUUCGGGGAGAGAUGUUGAAGUUCCUUCAGACCCUGAAGGUUGGGCUUCCUCCUCAAAAAAAAGCCAACAGCGCUUGCGUGGCCAUGAUCUACUAUUCCACCUAUGGUCAUGUGAAGCAACUGGCCGAGGAAAUCAAACGUGGUGUGGAAGAAACGGGAAUCAGCGUGGAUUUGUUCCAAGUGCCAGAGACCCUCUCUCUGGAUGCACUGAAGGCCUUGUCAGCAGCCCAGAAACCAGCAGACGUCAUGGUGUUAGACAGGAGAGGUGACGGUCAAUUUGACCUGUCCGAGAUCCAUGGAAUCUCGCCAUGGGGUGCCAGCACUUUGGCAGGUGCUGAUGGGAGCAGACAGCCCAGUCAACUGGAGCUGAAGUGUGCCUCGAAGCACGGCCAAGUCCUUGACAAUGCUGUGAAGAGGACUGUGGCCCCAGCUCCAAACCGCAAGUUCAAAGUGGCGGUGAUCUAUUGCAGCAUGCCACGUGAAGAAAUUGGCGGAGGUCGCUGCCUCAAUUCAGGAGGAUGGAAAGCCAUGGGCGCACCCAAAACGAGCGACCCCAUAAUGGAUCACGCCAAAACCAAGACCUUGGGAGACUAUGACGGAUUUGUCUUCGGAAUUCGUACUCGCUUUUGCUCUGCGGCUGCCCAGAUGAAAGCCUUCUUCGAUGGCACUGGACAACUCUGGCAGAGUGGCGCGCUGGCGGGAAAGCUUUGUGCUGCUUUCACCAGCACAGGAACAGCCAACGGAGGGCAGAAGAGUACGCACAUGACCACUUUGACCAACAUGGUGCACCACGGCAUGAUGUAUGUUCCUUUGGGCUAUCAAGCAGGAGGAGAGGGUCAGUUUGACAUGACUGAGCUGCACGGAGGGUCUCCAUGGGGUGCCAGCACCUUUGCUGGUGCAGAUGGCAGUCGGCAGCCUUCCAAGAUGGAGAUGAACAUUGCUAAGAAGCAGGGCAAGGUGCCAGAUGCUGAGGCAACUUCUGAGAGGAGUGCCUCCAAGCCUACCUUCCAGCCGCAGGUGGUUGGCUCCGUCAAUGUGGACAUCACUAUGCAGGUACAGCGCCUGCCUCAUCAGCAUGAGACUUUGAUGGCCUCUGCGCCCAAGGUAGACCUAGCCCUGGGAGGCAAAGGUGCCAACCAGGCCGUAGCCGCCGCCCGUCUGGGUGCAGCGGUGCGUUUUGUGGGACGCCUCGGACGCGACGCGCAUGGCGACUGGCUGAAGAAGAUCUUGAAAUCCAAUGGUGUGGAUAUCGCUGGCUGCAGCCAUUCUCAAGAGUUGCCUUCAGGGCAGGGGAUGGUCAUGCUGGAUGCAGAGGGUGGGGCCUCGUCAGUGGUGGUUGGCGGAGCCAACAUGGAUUGGGCCUCCUUUUCCGCGCCCACAUUGGAAGAGACGUUGAGAGGUGCCUCGGUGCUGUUGCUGCAGCAGGAGAUCCCCGAAAAAAUCAACGUGGCGGCUGCCGAGGUCGCGAAAGCUCAGGGAGUGACUGUUAUCCAAGACGUGGGGGGAGAGGACCGGCCGAUUUCGGCCCAGCUCCUGCCGUUGAUCGACUUUCUUUGCCCCAACGAGAACGAGCUGCAACGGCUCACUGGGAUGCCUGUGGCCACCAGGGAGGAGGCGCUUCUGGCAGCCAAGUCGCUGGUGUCGAAGGGCGUUUCAGCGGUGCUAGUGACACUGGGGGAGCGCGGUGCUAUGGUGGUGACCAAGGCAGAGACCCUGGAGGUGGCUCCCUUUGCCGUGCCUUCGGUAGUGGAUGGCACUGCAGCGGGGGAUGCCUUCCGUGCAGCGCUGGCGGUGGCCAUCGGCGAGAAGCAGUCGCUGCAAAAUGGUUUGCGCUUGGCGAGUGCUGCGGGUGCCCUUGCGGUGUCACGCAAAGGCGCUGAGCCCAGCUUGCCACAUCGGAAGGACUGCGAGGCACUCCUCGGUGGCAGCAGCGUGGAGCAGGUCUUGGCCGCCCAAACGGUGCAGUCGCUGCAGGGCAGCUGCGAAAAAAGCUGGGCCUUUGCUUCGCAGUUGAAUUCCAUGAAGGAAAGGCUGGAUUUGUGGAAUGGUUCUACUGAUACCCUGGGCCUGAUCGAACGUCAGGGCCAAGUGAAAGGUCUUGGGUUGGUCUACCUGAACUUUCCACAGCACCUCGAAGGACUACAGCCGCAGGAAAUGCUCAAAGCCUUGGACAAAGCGGGCUUGAAGGCCGGCGGCAUUGCCCUGCGCUUCCCCGAGCACAUGCGUCUGGGAGCGUUGACGAACCCAUCCAGGGAGCUGCGGCAAGAAGCAGUGGAACUGACGAAGAGUGCCUGUCGUUGGGCAGAGUCCUUGGGUACUGAGGAAGUGGUGGUGUGGCCUCAAACAGAUGGAUAUGACUAUCAGCUGCAAGUGGACUACCUCUCUGCUUGGUCGCGAGCAGUUGAAGCAUUUCGGGAGGUGCUGGAUAGCUCCGCCUGUCGCCAGAAGAAGGUGUCCCUGGAGUUCAAACCAACGGACGAGAUUAGCCGCUUCGCCCUGGUACCCAGCACAGGGGCAGCGCUGCUCUUUCUGCGGGAUGUGGAUCGCGAGAACUUUGGGUUAACGUUGGAUGUGGGGCAUUUGCUGAUGGCGGGCGAAAACCCAGCCCAAUCUGUUGCCAUGGCAGGUGCGGCUGGAAAAUUGUUCGGCAUUCACUUGAACGAUGGUCAUCCGCGGCUGGGUGCGGAGGACGGCUUGGCCUUCGCCUCCGUCCAUCGGGUGGCAGCCUUGGAGGUGGUGCUGUGGCUGCGACGGGUGAACUACACGGGCAGCAUCUACUUCGACACCUUCCCGAAGAACGAGGAUCCCGUGCGCGAGGCAGAGUUGAAUGUGCGACGUUUUGAAGAACUUUGGGAGCAAACUGGGAAGAUGGAUGAGGAAAUAAAGACGAUGCAGGAACAACAUGAUGCCAUGGGAGUACUGGAGUUCUUGGAUUCACUGGCUUGA